CUUACACACGCUCCGCCUAUGCUGCAGCUUGUGGACUUUUACACAUAAUCAUAUUCAUUUACACAACACACACGGUUUUAUUUUCCGGUUUGGCAACUAGAGUUGUUGCUGCGCCACAUCAUGCACAUGUUCAUGUCGAUCAUCUCCUGCUUACUGACAGUGUGGACAUAUCAUUAUAGUUCAAAUGGCUGAAAAUGAAGCUGCUUUGGAUUUGUUUAUCCGCGUCCUUUUGUUUUCUAGACGCAGCUCGCUCCGAGUGAAAACACUGAAUAAUCUGUCUCAUCUGAGAGACUCUGGCUUCGGCCAGCCCCCUCCCCGACAUGGCCUCUGUCUGCUUUGGUGGUUUGGUCGUAAAUGUGUUCGCAUCGAUGAAGACGGUCGUAUGAUCGCACUCUGCAACCCGGCGGGUGGGGAUUUCGGCUUCCGGCCGUUCAAUAAUGAUGACGGUCGCCUUCCUGAUACCGACCUUCUAUACUAUGAGUUAGGUAACUUGAGCACACCAGGAUUACUACCUUAUUAUGUCACGGAAAAUUAUGAAAGUGAUUUUGAGGAAUCAAACGCAGACCGAAUCAUUGUUUCCGUCAAUUCAGAUGAGGAUGGUAAAGUCUGCUUUGAGAAGAUUUAUGUGACACAAAUGGACAUGAAUCACACUCACCGCAUCAGUCAAGGACUCAUACAGGUCAUUAAAAACACGGCACGGACAGAUUUCCUUGAAAGUACCGUGCUCUUCUUCCCGCUCCUGCUGUCCUGCGGGCGCUAUUUUUACAGACAGAGAGAAAAAGAGUCAAUAAAGGAAUCAAAUAAAAAUAAAGUUGCCAUUGGCCUCAUCAGUUGUACUUUGAUCUGCGUUGGGAUUGGUAUUCUUAUGACCUAUUGGAAAUGGCAAUGACAGGAUGAGCUAUUGCUGCGUAAACUCACUUAUUGAUUACAGACUCUUGGUGAGUUUAACCCUCAAGUGUGCAUACUUUAGCUCUUAAUUCUUUCCUUGUGGACAUUUUGGUCACACUAAAAAAAUUACUAAUUUUUUUAAGGUAAGUGGUUGUAAACCAUUUAUACGGGCUGAAUUUAAACAUUAAAUUCUGUUCAACUUAUUUUGUUUGUUUAAAUUCAGCCCAUAUAAAUUGAUUUCAACCACUUACCUUAAACAAAUCGAGUACAUCCGAUGAGUCGUUUUAUUUAUCAGUGCGCAAAAAUCUCAAGUGUGAACCAGUUUCUUUUAAAAACAAAACGUUUCUUUUGAUAUACCCCUAAAAGUAAAAAUAAAAAUAAAAAUACUUUUAAUUUUAGGAUUCCCCAUUUAUUUCCAAUGGGAAAAACUAUGGAGAUUGAUUUAAAGAGGAGUUGACUUUGUUGAAUCCAGUCCUCUUUUAUGUGUUUGCUCAAGUGGAAAACUAAUAAAAAGAAGUCAAACCACUUAAAUUUAGGAUUAAACCACUCAGAUAAAAGAAACUAUUAAAAAAUAUAAAAGGAAAGGAUUUUGCACAGAUUUUCCAUUUGGAUGUUUAUUUAAAAAUGCCUAUUCUUUAAAAUAGUAUUGGUAAUAUUUCUUUAACACUAAAAAAGAGUCAAUAAAAGAAGCUGCCAUUGGCCCUAAAGUAAAAAUAAAGUUGCUAUUGGCCUUAUCAGUUUUACUUUGAUCUGUGUGGGGACUGGUAUUGUCAUGACCAAGUGGAAUUAGCAAUGACAGGCAAUGAUUACAAUGAAACAAAUGUCCUCAUCCUCAGAGAAGAGGUCGAAUUGGACAAAAGAGACACAAUUAAACACCAGGUGUGUGGUGGCCAUUUUGUGUGAUUGGAUUAACCAAAACACAUCUCAAUACCAGGUGGGAACAGUUGUUUGAUCCUUUUUGCAUGUUGUCUCAGACUGUCAUAUAUGUAUGUGAUGGAUCGACAUUGUGUUGGAUCUAAUGAUUUUUAUUGGACAAAUAAAGAAAAAUGCUUUCAAUUUUAGUAUUCCCCAUUCAUUUCCUAGGGUUGCGCAUUUUUAGCCAACUUUAACCACUUUAAAAGUUUUGAGUACUUUAGAGACUUCAAUAUGGCGGCCAUAACUAUUUUCACUCCAAAGUGCUCUUCAGAGAGCGAUAUAUCCUGUUUGGAGCACACUCAGAGUUGUUUCUUAUUCAUUGACAAUAUAACUGACAGAACCAAACCUUAAAGGGAACCUAUUAUGCCUCUUUUUACAAGAUGUAAAUAAGUCUCUGACAUCACAAGAGAGUGUGUGUGUGAAGUUUCAGCUCAAAAUACCACACAAAUAAUGUUUUAUAACACUGAAACUGCCCCUUUUAGGCUUUGAUCAUAAUCGUGUCUUUUUAGUAACUGUCGCUUUAAAUUCAAAUGAGAUUGUGCUCUUUUCCAAAGAGGGCGGAGCUACAAAUGCCUGUGUGUCAGCAUAGUGGCAGAUUCAAAACAAAACUAACAUCCUAUGCUAAUGAGGGAGAGAUGGUCACUAAUGGGCGGGGCUUUACCUCUCUGAUGACACGUACAAUGGCAGAAUGCCAAUCAAAGUGUUUCUGCAGACUGUUUUUAUCAAGUGUGAUUAUAAAAAAUACAAUUAAUAAAUCUUUACCGUUAGAAGCUGGUUAUAUUCACAGACUGUUACCACACAACUGUGUUUAAACCCCUUAUAAAAAAGUGAUUGCUCAUAAUAAGACCCCUUUAAAACUAAGUUAAGUUGAUGCACUUUUCCUUUGCAUCAUACAGACCUAUACAUGUGAGCUAUAGUUUCAAAUAUCUUUACUCCUUAUAUGGGCCAACAGUGAUUAUGUAUAAAUAUAGGUGGCUUUUUUCUUCAAUAUGUAGGUUGAUAAAAUAUUAUAUUACAUCAUAAAUUAAAUUCACUAUUGUGUAAGACUUGUGAUCACAUAUAUGCUGAUGAAGGACUGCUAAGAUGGGGGAAGUAGAGGAGUUUCUGACACCUCCACUAAAAAUAUCUGCCAUUUGUCCUACAGUAACCAUGUGUUUUACACCACAAUUCAUCUACUUGUGAUCUCCUUUUGUGUAUCUUUAUCAUGUUUUGGUGUCAUUUGACAUGCAGUUUAUGACCUCCGCUUAGUAUUGAUGAGCUCAAUAGACAUGUCUUGUAAUGCAUCUCAUGUAUACAGUCAUGCCUUGAGGAGUAUAAUAUGCUGUCUCCACCUCUGGUUAUGAGGGGUUGGUAUUUCACUCAUGUUUAACAAUCAUUUGCUCAGGGUACAAAAGGAAAGGUAACUUGAUUGUAAAGAAUGGCUUUUACUCAUGCUUAACAUUUACUCAUUGGGAGAUAAGCAGUUUCUCUGUCUUUCCUGCAUAGCUGUGCAUAUUGUUACAGUUAAGUUAUACAGUGUGUUGGUAUUAAUUCUAAUGUCUGUAUAUUUCAACAUGUAGCUUAAUAAACUCAUUUGCCUGCA